AUGGUCCUCUCACUAUCAUACCGUCGUCCGGCCUAUGUUACCUCCUCCCGCGAUUCGCUUGGGUCCGAGUCGGACGGCCGAGUCGAGUCCAUCAAUUCCGGCUCCAGCUGCCCCUAUGGCAUUCCAGAUGCCCUCUCCUUUGACAGAAUCAUCAGCGGCGGAACUUGUCCUCCUGUGACCACGCGUGAAUUCAUGGACUUCCUGCGUUACAUUGAGUACGACGCCGAGAAUCUGCAAUUCUACCUGUGGUAUCACGACUAUUGCAAGCGCUUCAACGAGCUUUCCGACCACGAGAAAAAACUUGCCCCUGAGUGGACUGCAGACCAAGCAUUGGCGGAGAAGACGCAGGGUGAAAAAGAGAAACUUCCCAAGAAAAUGACAAGUGCUGCUGCUUCAGUGUUGAAAGGGACAGAUUUCGAUCCCCAUGCGAAACUCGCUCCCCCGGACACUGCUUCUAAUCCAUUCAACACGCCUCCCAGAACCUCUUCAGUCUCCGCCACAGACCAAGGCAGCCUGGUCCCCUCGAAUCUCGGCUACAGUGAGGACGGUACGACUCUCAGAACAGGAACCACCGAGCACGGGAAAAGAGCCGAGAUCGCAUUUGAGGAAGCGGGAACUCUUCAGCCGUUCACCAUCCAACCUUUUCGGGAGGAAAUCUCACGCAUCAUCGCCAUCUAUCUAGCUGAUGGUGGGGCGAGAUUACUGAAUCUGUCAGCUAAGGAGAAAGCUGUCCUCGUGAAGGCCCUGUCUGUGACCACUCACCCUUCAGCGUUUCGCGAUGUCAUUGCUACGGUCGAAUGGACUCUUCGUCAUCAAGCUCAUCCGAAUUUCAUCCGCUGGACGAUCUGUAACGGCAACAAACCGAGACAGGCCUUUGCAAGAUUCCUAGGUGUGGCCGGAAUCGUUGGCGGCAUCGUCUACGGCAUUGUCAUCACACUGAGUUCAGCCAAUCGAGGCUGGCGGGCACUGGUCUUUCUCGGUCUCUUUAUCGGCAUUGCGACCCUGUUUGCCGCUUGGAAGGGCAUGUGCGUUGUUCUGCAUGGCAUGCAUCACCGACAUCUUCGGCCAUGGGAGCUUUUCGGUGAUGAAGAUGACGCUUCUCCAGAGAAAAAAACUUCGUUUGACAGCUUGGGCUCUUCCAAUAGCUAUGAAGACGAGCCUUGGGUAGCCAAAUAUGAGAAGCGCAACAUCAUACGCAAGAUCUUUGACCGCGAAGUCUGGAUCCAGGAGCCUGCGCUGCGUCAGAUCCAAGACACCAUCUUCGUCCAAGCUCUCAUCACUGCGUUUGUCAUUGGAGCGAUCACGACUGCUAUAUUUCUCGCGGUCCCCCGCGGUAACUUCUACUGA